AUGAAGUUCUUCGCUGCUGUCCUUGCUUUUGCCGCUGUGGCAGUUGCUUACCCCUCGGUGCCUGAGCAUAAUGCUCCCGUCAAGCGCCAGAACAUCGUCACCAAUAUUGACGUCUCCGUCCCGGCCAUGACCGACUCCCAAGGGAACGUUGUUCCGUUCGACGCCACUAAGGUGUACCUGGCCGCGAAGGCAAAUGGUCUUUAA